CGCGGAGAUGUUGGCCAAUCAAACGUCAGGAGCAAAAAUUCAAACUGAGAAAAGCGCGUUGGUCUUCCUGCUCCAUUUUGUGUUGUUUUUGGAGGUAGACCGAAGGAGCGAAGAUGACAGAGGAGUCAGCGGUAAAAGUCUGCGUUCGAGUCCGUCCGCUUAUUGCGAGGGAAGAGAGUGCAUCUGAGAAUGCAGAGCCUGUCCAGAUUUUCUGGAAAGCUGACAAGAAAUCAAUUCAUCAGAUUGAUGAUGGAAAUUCCACCAAGAGCUUCAGUUUUGACCGAGUGUUCGCCGCUGAUGAAACGACCAGUCAGCUAUACAAUGACAUUGCAAAGCCUCUGGUUGUUUCCACUGUCGAGGGAUACAAUGGAACCAUAUUUGCUUACGGGCAAACUUCUUCUGGAAAGACCUUCACCAUGAUGGGGACCAGUCGCACCCCCGGAGUGAUACCUCAAGCUGUGGAAGAUGUCUUUCAAACUAUUAAGAAUUUUCCCAAGAAGGAGUUCCUUCUCAGAGUGUCCUACAUGGAGAUCUACAACGAGACUGUGACGGACCUGCUUGUCGACAGCUGGAAAAGAAAACCUCUAGAAGUCAGAGAACAAAUCAAUAAAAACAUCUAUGUGGCUGAUUUGACUGAAGAGUUGGUUACAUCUCCUGCACAAGUCCUGGCAUGGAUUCGGAAAGGAGAAAAGAACCGACAUUAUGGAAAGACAAAAAUGAACCAGCGGAGCAGCCGCUCGCACACUAUUUUCCGGAUGAUCCUGGAGAGCCGGGAAAGGAGCGACCCAGCAUCAGGUGAAAGUAGUGAUGGAGCCAUCAUUGUGUCUCAUUUGAAUUUAGUGGAUCUGGCCGGAUCUGAGAGAGCGAGUCAAACGGGAGCUGAAGGUGCACGUUUCAAAGAAGGCUGUAAUAUCAACCGCAGCUUGUUCACGCUCGGCCAAGUGAUAAAGAAACUGACCGACGAAAACCAGAAGGGUUUCACCAACUACAGAGACAGUAAACUGACCCGCAUCCUGCAGAACUCGUUGGGUGGGAAUGCUAAAACUGUCAUUAUCUGCACCAUCACCCCAGUCACUCUGGAUGAGACCCUCAGCACUCUACAGUUUGCAAGCACAGCAAAGAAAAUGAAGAACGACCCUCACGUGACAGAGGUGUCAGAUGAUGGGGCUCUGCUCAAAAGGUAUCGUAAUGAAAUUGCAGAACUCAAGCGACGACUUCAUGAGGUUUCUUCAGUCACACAGACCACUGUGACAGAGAAGGAGGUUCUCUCCCAGCUGCUCCAAGAGAAGGAUCAGCUACAGAGAGAAAAAGAGGGCCUGAAAAGAAAUCUGGCCAAUCUCCUUGUGACUAGCUCAAAUUUGGUCCCAGUGCAGAAGAUGCCAAGCCGCAGGGUUACCUGGGGAGGAAAGAUGGUAAAACUUGCCCAUCCAUCUGCCUUUGUGGGGAGUUUCUCUGACCUCAGCUUUGCAGAAUCUUUCACUCAGAAGAGAAUUCGGUCGGACUUCUCCUGCCUGAUGGAGCUCGGUGAAGACGAUGAGGACUUUGACUCCAACUGGGGAGUUAUCGAUGAGCCGUCAGAUGAAAUGGAAAUGAGUAGAAGCUCUGUGACUGUUCGUAGCUUUGAAGACAGUCCCAGAGACUUCAUGUCUCCUGAUCGGCUGCAAGAACUUUCAGGCAAAGUGUCCAGUCUGGAGAUGCAGCUGGAACAGGAGAGUCAGGAGAAAGAGGCGGCCCUGUCAAAUUUAGAUGUGUUAAAGGGCAGAGUGGCAGAGUUGCAGCUGCAGCUGGAAACAGAGGUGCAGCACAGACAGGAAGCACUGGAAAAAGUGCAGACUGGAGAACAGAGGAGAGCGGAGCUGGAAGCGCUGCUGCACACUGAAGCUCAGCAGAGGCUGGAGGCCACACAGAAGGCUGACAUGUUGGAGCUGAGAGUGACGGACUUGGAGAGACAACUGGGAGAAAGCAGUGAUGCAAACAUUGACACAAAUGAACAGAUGAGAAAAGAGUUUGCUGAGACCAUCCAGCUUUGUGAAACUUUGGCUUCGGAGAAGGACUUGGUGGCUGCAGAGCGAGACUACCUGAAACAGGAGCUGGGCAUGUUUAUAGAGCAAAUGGAGCGUCUGGAGAAAGAGAAGGCUGCUGUUUUACAGGAGCUAGAGGAGAAGAGGGAGAUGGACGAGUUCAAAUCUCUAGAAGAGGGGUGCAGGAAGGAGAACGAGAAAGAGCUAGAAAAUGAAAUCGUAAGCUUGAAGAAAGCUGUAGAGUCCUCUGAACUCCAGCGCAUGCAGCUCCAGAAUGAUAUCGAGACUCUGACUGAACAGCUGAAGAAGAAGGAAACAGAAUUUGCACAUGAGAUGGAGAACCUGGGCAGUAAGGACUUAGUGCAGGAGGUGCUGAAGCUUCGCCGCUCUCUGGAUGAUGCAGAGCUGCUGAGCAGAGACACAAGGAAGGAUUGGGCUGUCCUACGCAGUCGCAGCAUUUCUCUGGAGGAGACAAAUGUGACUCUGACUGCCAGCCACGAAAAAAUGGAGGCAGAGGUGAAGAGUCUGCGUUUUCAGCUGGAGACUGAGAAGUCGCGUUACAGAAAGAUGCAGAGCGAUCUCCAGAAGGAGCUGAAUGUCGCAUUUGAUGAGAACACCAAGCUCACCACUCUGCUAGAUGGCAACGUGCCUAAAAAUCUGAUUGACAGCAUAGAGCUUGAGAGAACCGUGGCCAAUCUGAAUAAAGAGUUGAUGGCAUCUCGUCAAGUGGAGACUGCUUUGAGAGCUCAGCUGGAUGAGCUGGCUGCAUGUCAGACUCUCCCAGAUAAAGUGGACGCCUUGGUAAAGCAGCUUGAAGGAAGUGAGCAGGAGCGAGCAGCGCUGGAAGGAAAACUGAGCGAGGUGCAGCCGCUGAUGAAGGAUUUGGAGGAGAAGCUUGCUGACAGCGAAGCUUCCAGAAGCACCGAGGAGGAGAUUAGCAGAGAGCUUCAAGAACAAAUCAGCCAGUUAAAUGAAGAACUUCGGUGUGUGCGAGCCGAGAAAGCCGAGCUCCUGUCCGAGCAGAGCGCUGCUGAUCGGAGGUUUGCAGAGGAGACGGAGAAGCUGCUCUCUGCUGUAACAUCUGUGACCGCAGAGAGAGACGAGCUCAGGGUGAAGCUGCAAGAACACGUGGACAAGGUUGCUGAGACCCAGGUUGUUCUACAGUCUGUUCAGGAUGAGCUCCAAGAGCAAAAAGAAAAGAAUUCAGAUCUCGUGAAAGCUCAUGAGCAGAAAGAGUCUGAUUUAGGGGAGAAGAUGCUGAGGCUAUCACAGGACCUGCAGUGUGUGCGAGAUGAGAAAGAGGCGCUCCUGAUGACGACCUUUCAGAAGGAAUCGGAGGAUGUGGAGAAGCUGAGCGCUACCUUGGCUUCUGUCACUGCUGAGAGAGACCAGCUCAGGACGGACAUGCAGGAAAAUGUGGAAAUGAUGAUUGAGAAUCAGGAGGAACUGAGGACGGCCCUGGAGCAAAACCGCGAGCAAAAGAAGCAGAUCAAAGAGCUAGAAGCACAAAUAUUGAAGCUGGAUGGGCUUCCCAGUGAGCGCAAUGAUCAGCUGGUGGAACUGCAAACACGUAUAAAGGCUUUGACUGAGGAGCUGGAGAGUGUGAGAGCAGAGAGAGACAGUCUGCUGUCUGAGAAGGAGCUCAGCACUCAGACCUCCACAGAGGAGAUGGAGAAGCUGCUGUGCAGAGUGACGUCUGUCAGCAAGGAGAGAGACGAGCUGCAGGAGAUCCUGGAGGGUCUGAGGCAGGAGAAGCAGCAGCUCCAAGCAGAGCUGGAGGACAGGGUGGAGACGGUACAGCAGCUGCAGGGUGCUCUGCAGGCUGUCACAGAGCAGAAGAGCCAGUUGGAGGGUGAUCUGCAGCGUAGUACAGUCACGGCUGCUGAGACUCAAAGUCUCAUGCAUUCCCUUCAAGAGCAGCUCGAAGAACAAAAUAAAAACUGCGAUCUUGAAAGAGUUAGCCAAGAAACGCAGGCUCAGCUGAAACUACAGGUCGAGGAAACCAACUGUCUUCUUCAGUGUCUUCAAGAGGAGCUAAAGGAGCAGAAACAAAAGCUGUCUGAUCGUGUGCAACUCUAUGAGCAAAAGGAAGUCGACUUUACACAGCAGAUAACAACCCUCUCUGAGGAGCUUGACAGCGCCCGAGCAGAGAGAGAUGCCCUGUUGCUUCAGAAGGAACUGGAGAGCAGACCGAGCAGUGGCAAAGAUGCAGGCAGUACCCUCCAGUUACAAGAGCUCACAGACCAGAUUCAGAGACUGACUGAGGAGCUGGAGAGUGUGAGAGCAGAGAGAGACAGUCUGCUGUCUGAGAAGGAGCUCAGCACUCAGACCUCCACAGAGGAGAUGGAGAAGCUGCUGUGCAGAGUGACGUCUGUCAGCGAGGAGAGAGACGAGCUGCAGGAGAUCCUGGAGGGUCUGAGGCAGGAGAAGCAGCAGCUCCAAGCAGAGCUUGAGGACAGGGUGGAGACGCUGCAGUCUGAGAUAAGGACUCUGACUGAUGGACUGAAAAUGGCUGAAGCAGAAGGAGCACGCCUGCUGUCUGAGAAGGAGCUCAGCACUCAGACCUCCACAGAGGAGAUGGAGAAGCUGCUGUGCAGAGUGACGUCUGUCAGCGAGGAGAGAGACGAACUGCAGGAGAUCCUGGAGGGUCUGAGGCAGGAGAAGCAGCAGCUCCAAGCAGAGCUGGAGGACAGGGUGGAGAUGAUGACUGAGAACCAGGAGGAGCUGAGGGUUUCUCAGGAGAACAUCAGAAUCCUACAAGAUGAGAUGAACCUGCUGAAGAGUGAAAAGGCAGAACUGGAGAGCAGACCGAGCAGUGGCAAAGAUGCAGGCAGUACCCUCCAGUUACAAGAGCUCACAGACCAGAUUCAGAGACUGACUGAGGAGCUGGAGAGUGUGAGAGCAGAGAGAGACAGUCUGCUGUCUGAGAAGGAGCUCAGCACUCAGACCUCCACAGAGGAGAUGGAGAAGCUGCUGUGCAGAGUGACGUCUGUCAGCGAGGAGAAAGACGAGCUGCAGGAGAUCCUGGAGGGUCUGAGGCAGGAGAAGCAGCAGCUCCGAGCAGAGCUGGAAGACAGGGUGGAGACGCUGCAGUCUGAGAUAAGGACUCUGACUGAUGCACUGAAAAUGGCUGAAGCAGAAGCAGCAGCACGCCUGCUGUCUGAGAAGGAGCUCAGCACUCAGACCUCCACAGAGGAGAUGGAGAAGCUGCUGUGCAGAGUGACGUCUGUCAGUGAGGAGAGAGAUGAGCUGUGGGAGAUCCUGGAGGGUCUGAGGCAGGAGAAGCAGCAGCUCCAAGCAGAGCUUGAGGACAGGGUGGAGAUACUGCAGUCUGAGAUAAGGACUCUGACUGAUGCACUGAAAAUGGCUGAAGCAGAAGCAGCACGCCUGCUGUCUGAGAAGGAGCUCAGCACUCAGACCUCCACAGAGGAGAUGGAGAAGCUGCUGUGCAGAGUGACGUCUGUCAGCGAGGAGAGAGACGAACUGCAGGAGAUCCUGGAGGGUCUGAGGCAGGAGAAGCAGCAGCUCCAAGCAGAGCUUGAGGACAGGGUGCAGAUGAUCUCAGCCAUCCAGGACAAGCUGAGUCAGCUGGAACAGCUGAACAUGCAUCAGCAGUCUGAGAGAGGAGAGCAAGAAGCCAAGCUGCAACAAGACAUACUGCAGCUUAAAGAACAAGUUCAGAUGCACACAGAAAGACGUGCUCAGGCUGAAAGUGAAGCAGAUGCAGUGCAGCAGUUGCUCAGCGAAGCGAACGCAACCAUCUCUGCUCUCAGAGAGCAGAUCAGUAGGUCAGAGCCGAGCACCAGCGAGGCUAAGGAGCUGCUGUCGUCACGACUGCAAGACUCCACCAGACAGCUUGAGGAGUCCUUCAAAAGCUUCCAGCAAUUCAUAGAUACUUGUUGUAGUUAUGACAAUAUAACUCAGGACAAGGGCCUGAGGGACCGGCGUUCCCUGAAGCAUCCUCUUCCCAAGGCCACCAAGGAUGCCUAUGAUGCGGUCUUUCAGCUGGGACAGUCAACUGAUGAAAAUCUCAGGAAAAUUCAAGAGCUGCUGCGUGUGAAGGCACUUGGCUACAGGAACAUUUUUGAGGAGCUGGUGAAAAAAGACUUGGCCAUCUUUGAGGAGAGACGGCUGCAGGAUGUGCUUCUAUGCAGAGCGCAGGGGCCCAGCUACUCUGUUCAAGUCGAGGGCUUUGACACACUGUGGGAGCAGAGACUGCCUGAGCUGCUGGACAGGAGGCAACUUUACAUGGAGAAAAUGAGCAGCAUUUUGGAGAAGCUCUGGGACAACAUGACCUCCUACCUCCAUGAGCUGAAGGGUGAGAUUCAAGAGCGAUUCAAGUUCAAUAAGCAGCUGCAGGUCCUGAUCACCAACCAACCAAUUAGCUUCAGUGGGCUGGACAGCAUCCUGAAGCCGGAGACUGACCGCAGAGCGGCGGGGACACAAAGCAAGAAAUGUCUUCUGCAGAGUAUCACUGAUGAGCAGAAGGGUCCGUUUGAAGAGCUAAAACAGCUGGAGGCUGAGGCUGAGACUCACCUUAGGGAGGUGAAAAGCAAAAGUUCCACUUUGCUGCAGGCGCUAGAGGAUGGAGCGUUUCUGACAGUCGCAGCUCUACAGAAGGAAACCCAGCAGCUAGCUUCUCAGCUGAAACAUGCAGAGGAAAAAGUGAAAGCUCUGCGUAUUCAAAAUGAGCAGCUGGAGGAGGCGCACAUCAAAGCUGACGCCAACGUUUCCAACCACAAAGAGGCAACGCAACUCCUGCAGACUGAGCUGCAGGACAACCGUGCACUAGUUGAAGAGAAAGAGAACACUAUACAAGCUCUGAAGAGCAAAAUUCGAGAAUCGGAGAAAAAAACAUCACCCAGUGUGGCUGAGCUGGAGAAGCUUCAGACCAAGCUGUUGCAGUUGGAGAUGAAGCUCAGCUCGGCAUCCGACGAACACAAACGAGAGAUCCAGGCAAUGAACACACUGUUGGAGGAAAAAGAAGAGUUACUGAGGAAGCUUAAAGAGACUUUGAGAAAAUCCCAACAGGAGGGAGAAGAGUCGUUCUUGCAGGGUAAGGACCUUCAUGCCAGACUGACCAACCCCAGGAGUUCUGUGGUCAGCAGCAGUAUUCUGAUGGAGAAAUCCAAGCUGGAGAAGGAAGUCAGCCAGCUUCACAUGAAAAUCACAGAACUGGAAAGUGUGGUUGCCAGUCAGCAGGCUGAGAUUACCAAGUGGAAGAACAGAGCCAUCAAACUAAAGGUGAAGAACAAAGUAGAGGAGGACAAGCUUCAGUCACCUAGCACUCCCACCAAGAGGGGCUUUCCCAUGACCUCUGACUCCUCCAACCUGCUGAGCUCACCUAAAAAGUUUUUGAUACCUGCCAAGAAGCUCCUGGACACUCCCAGGAAGGGUUUGGAGUCACCCAGAAAGCUGCUGGAUUCGCCAAAGGCCUCUCUCCUGGAAUCCCCCAAAAGCAGAUUCUUUGAUGUGGGCGGAAGCUCCGAGACACUGUCCAGAAACUGUCCCAAGCAGUUCUUCGACAACUCGAGCCUCGGAACCAUUCCAGAGGUUUCCCGUGUUCCUGAAACAGCAGCUCCAGAACAGGAUGUUGCUGUGGACACGGACAAAAACGAGUGGUGGCCAAAGUCUCCAAAACAGGAAGAAAUGUGUAAAACACAAUAACGUGUUUUGUAAAGAGCAGUAUUUUCACCUUUUUGUUUGUAAUGUUUAUGUACUUUUAUUUCCCACUUUCAUUUUUCCCUUUUCAUCCUGUUCUAAGAAAUUUAAUAAAUAUGUUAAUAAGGUGCUUAAA